AUGCAUGCUGGCUGGGCUGGCUGGGCGGUCUGCAAAAAGCGCCGAUCGGCCGAACGCCACGGCGUCGUCAUACAUACCCAGAUCGUUUCCCGCGAACCAUCGGACGCUCAGCUGGUGUACACAACGGCGGAUGUAUCGACGUCUCUACACACGGGCGGGCGCGGGCGCAAGCGCGGCAGACAUCUGACGCGCAGAGGUGCGGCGCUGGUAAUCGAUAAACUAGAAGGAUGUGCUAAGAUACGCAUGGACGGGACGGGGACGGGGACGGGGACGACGAUGAACAAAAGGGGAUGGGGGAUAGUGUGGCUCGGAACGCUCUAUCGUGGUGGAUGGAUGAGCAUGCAGACAUUCGAUGCAAGGAAGAGAAUGAGAGGAGAGGCGCCGGACGGCCUCGGCGUAGUCGACCCACUCGCGCCGGCGCUCCUUGCUCUCGAGCCACUCGGCGUCGAGGUCGGCGACGUCGAGCUCGUAGAAGUGGUAGGUCGACGACGCGGAGGGGAUGGUGGUGACGAAUCGGGUAAUCUUGCCGCGUACGCCCGCUGGAAGAAAAUGCGCGGCGUGGCGCGGAGAAGACGGUCAGGAGAAGGGACAGAGGCAGAAAUGCGGGGUCACUCACAAACCCAGUUAUUUGGCCUCUUGCGACUGGUGAUGACCAGCACCUUGUUGGCGGACCUGGCAAUGGGGAUGGCGCAGCAGACGACGCGGGGCGUGGAGCGGCCUUUAUUGCUCAUUGUAAAGCAGGCGGACGGGGCGCAGAGCGUGGCGACGUGGAGCUGGCGAGCUGGCGAGACGAGAGAGCUCAGAGAUGGCGCGUACUGGAGCGUGGAUGUUGUUUGCACGAGGAAGUGUAAGCCGCGUGCCGGUUUCAGGGACGCCGACGUGUGGGCCCGGCUGGCAACUAGGGGUUGGACGUAA